AUGUCAUUAGACGAGAUGUAUAAGAAAAUUUUUGGGCCUGAUCACAAUGAAGAUGUGCCUACAACACAGGGCUAUGAUCAAUAUUUGUCCGCUGCUGAAUAUGAACAACAAACACAAAAGGCUAUUGAAGAAUCUGUUCGUGAAAUGCCUCGAGGUCGAGGAGGUCCAGUAAUACGAGAAGGCCAAGAAGACAGGAAUCCUCCUUUUUUGACAAAUCGAAUAGAAGAACAAAACCAAAUUUUUCGGAUGAAUCUAUGGAUGAACCUUCAAAAAUUGUUAAUUUUUAAUUAA